AUGGGCGACUCUAUCUAUGAUGCCAUUAGUGAUUAUUGCGUGGUCUUAUGGAAAAGCACUAGAUUCACUCCAGCAGCCUCUCAUGUUAAGGGACAUCCAGGUUUUGAAGCUGAAUGGGGUGCAAUUGGGAAAGGUUUUACCAUUCGGACAAGGCCUACAAAGAAAACAUUGUGGUCUUUGAUAUCAAAACUGUCUCUGUCGGAAUACGUCUAA